CAAAGACAUGCCGCGCGUCUACAUAGGGCGCCUGAGCUACAAUGUCCGAGAGAAGGACAUUCAGCGCUUUUUCAGUGGCUACGGCCGCCUUCUCGAAGUAGACCUCAAAAAUGGGUACGGCUUCGUGGAGUUCGAGGACUCCCGCGACGCCGACGACGCCGUUUACGAGCUGAACGGCAAGGAGCUCUGCGGCGAGCGUGUGAUCGUGGAGCACGCCCGGGGGCCGCGCCGCGAUCGCGACGGCUACAGCUACGGAAGCCGCAGUGGUGGAGGUGGAUACAGCAGUCGGAGAACUUCUGGCAGAGACAAAUAUGGACCACCUGUUCGUACAGAAUACAGGCUUAUUGUAGAAAAUCUUUCUAGUCGUUGCAGUUGGCAGGAUUUAAAGGAUUUUAUGCGACAAGCAGGUGAAGUGACCUAUGCGGAUGCUCACAAGGAACGCACAAAUGAGGGUGUAAUUGAGUUUCGCUCCUACUCUGACAUGAAGCGUGCUUUGGAUAAACUGGAUGGUACAGAAAUAAAUGGCAGAAAUAUUAGGCUUAUUGAAGAUAAGCCACGAACUAGCCAUAGGCGAUCUUAUUCUGGAAGCCGUUCUAGGUCACGGUCCAGAAGAAGGUCACGAAGUAGGAGUCGCAGGAGCAGCCGCAGUAGAUCUCGAAGUAUCUCAAAAAGUCGCUCCCGUUCCAGGUCACGGAGCAAAGGUCGAUCACGUUCUCGGUCAAAAGGCAGGAAAUCUAGGUCAAAGAGCAAAUCCAAGCCCAAGUCUGAUCGGGGCUCCCGUUCACAUACUCGAAGUAGAUCUAAGGAAGAGUAUGAGAAAUCUCGAAGCAGGUCUCGAUCCCGUUCCCCAAAAGAAAAUGGAAAAGGUGAUAUAAAGUCGAAAUCCAGAUCAAGGAGCCAGUCUCAUUCCAAUUCACCCCUACCUGUUCCACCUUCAAAAGCUCGUUCUGUGUCCCCUCCACCAAAAAAAGAAAAAGCUGCUUCAAGAUCCCAUUCUAGAUCUCACUCAAAGUCAAGAUCAAGGUCCAGAUCGAGUUCCAGAGAUUAACCCAAAACUCUGUGUUCUUUGCACACUAUUAUGGAACACUUUCCUACUUGCUUAGGCAGUUACUCUUCCAUGUUUAUACUUGGCCUCUUCUGCAAGAGGAAUCUCUUGAAAACGGGGCAUACACAAAUUUGAUUUAUGGCCAAAUUUGAUGAAAAAGAUGAGGUUCUAAGGAAAUGGUGGCACGAAGUCAAAGACCCUCUCCAUUCUUUGUAGAAUUAAGAUAACUUUGAUUUUAUAGCUUUUGAGCUAAAAUAACUUUUGUAAAGAUUAAGCUCACUUAGAUUUUUUUUUUUUUUAAGUAUUUCAGCAGGAUCUGCUGUAGGGUUCUUUGUUUUGUUUGCUUAUUUUUAAAUUAACCGUUUCAAGCUUUGAAUACUUAAGGCUUUAGAGGGAGAACCCAAUUUUCAAUUAUGUUGGCUUUUUAUAAAGCUUGAGUUAUGUAAGAUUUAAAUAAGUUUGCUACCAAGAUGAUUGCCUUAUUGAAUAGGUCACUAUUAAAUUCCUACAAAUGUUGAUAACUGCUAUUUGUGGAAAUGAUGUAAAUUCUACCUAAGUGUAAAACAAGGCAAGCCUCAGACCAGCAAUAAAUUAUUCAGUUUGUAUAACACAUUUUGUCCUGUUAAUCAAAUUUGCCAAAGUCUUUAUCUGCCCCCUUAACAAGUUGGGUUAAAAAUAAAAGAUAUUUUGUAGUCAGUCUGUUACACAGUUUUGCCUAAAUAAAAAAACUUUUUUGAAACAUAAA